AUGCUUUACAAGCUUGGCUACAUAACACCUACAAGUACUGAAGCCAAGGAUGUACAUUUGUAUUAUUUUACAGAUAAAUUUUACACGUUAAAGAUCUUAACUGUGAGAGAAGCAUGUGAUGAAACACAAGAUGACAGACAAGGAAAAAUGCUCUUACACACUGAGCACGCACUCCUUUCCCUAUUGUCUGGCCAGUGUGGCGUUAUCCAGCAUCAUGGACUCUUUCAGGAUUAUGCUUGUGGAGCUCGAGAACAAACUAGUGGAGCAAUUGUAGCUACUGGGGGACUUGUGCGACGUGUGUGUCUAGUAUUAGACUGCGUUACACCGCACGAUUAUUGCCCCCACACUGCGGAUUUAAUCAACCUCCAACACUAUGUUAUCACAAAGAAGAAGCUAGCAGAACGUGAUGCUCUUACUAUCUUCUAUAACAUUGUAACUGUGGUCCACAGUUUACAUGAGCAAAAUAUUGUGCACCGAGACUUGAAACUUGGUAACUUAGUUCUACACAGAACUACCCGGGAGAUCACAAUAACUAACUUCUGCUUAGGACAACAUCUACCAUCAGAAAAAGAUCGCCUCAGAGACCAGCGGGGCUCACCUGCAUAUAUUUCACCUGAUGUGCUAAGUGGCAAGCCUUAUCUUGGUAAACCAUCUGAUAUGUGGGCCUUAGGUGUGGUGUUGUUCACCAUGCUCUAUGGACACUUUCCAUUUUAUGACGCGUCUCCUCAGGAACUCUUUCGCAAAAUCAAAGCUGCUCAAUAUACACUUCCUAAAGGGGAUAAGCCUGUUAAAGAAUCUACCAAGGAUGUGAUUCGUGGAUUGCUGGUGUUGGAUCCUCUCCAGCGUUUCACCUGCAAGCAAGUUCUGUCAAGACUUGGUGCCAUCAUAUCAAGUCCGGUUACUAAGAAUCCACAGGUUGUUCCUGAAAUGGAGGAUGUAGAGGAUCAGACAAUGGGAACAACAGCGUCCAUAAAUGAGCUUGAAACCAACGUUGGGUCCUUUAACUGUGAUAACUUAGAUCAUUGUUUCAAGAACAAUAUUAACAUCUCUAGUAGAAGCAAGAAAUCCCGAGAUAGAGACGUUGACAGCCAAGCAAAACAUAACUUGGACUACUUGCUUCUUCAAGUAGCAAGACAGAAUGAAGAGUGUGCUCAUAUGGGUAGCCACAAAUCAGCGGUCAGCAGCAACAGCAGCACACUUAUUAAUAACAGCAGCAGCAGCAAUACAUCCAAUGGCAUGAUCUCGUGCAUUGUUGGAGAUGCUCGAUCACUCACCCAAGCAGAGCUAUCAUCCCUCAGGCACAUUCUGCCCCACACCUCUAGACUAAAGGAACCAGUGACUCAAAGUUCUGGGCCACCACAAAAUGUUGCUGUCGUUGUAAGCAGAAGCAGCAGUGACAGAUUCAGCUCGCUUUUCUCGCCACAGUCAUCUGGAAGCCGAAAUUAUCCCAUUAAUCUCUUAAGAUCUCCAGCUGCAAAUCAUCCACCAGCACCACCAAAUGAAACAGUAUCUCCUGCACCACUUCCUCCACAUGUUCUCUCUUCCCAUAUCCCUUCAUUACCUUCACACCACCCACCAACCUCUCGAAUUCCACCCUCAUCAUCUCGCUCACUGCCAUCAAACUCAGUUAUACCAACAUUUGGUGUAUUUUCAAAUUCAGUCCCAUCUCAAAAUUCUUUACAAAGAGGAUCACAUCCACCAGCACCUCCUACAGGUUCACGGACUCGUUGGACUCCUGGAGUGCAUAAUCAUAUUUUGCAAAAUAUUAGUAAUUUGCAGCAUUUGGCUUCCUCUUCUAAUGGCCAAGAAGAAACGCUUCCAAUCUCACCUCAAGGUGUGGGAGACGAUGAUCAGUCAGACUCGCUUAGUAAUCCUGUACCUGGUAUCUCUUCAUCAUCAUCAUCAUCUCAUCUGUCAAGAGGUCCUUUCCGCUUAUUAGUAAGAGCAGCGAGAGGCCGAGCAGGCCCUCUCUUGAGCCGACGGCCAUAUCGGCAGGUGCGCCGGUAUAGGUGAGCAUUGUGUAUAUAGAAUUAUAUAAAAUUAUCAGAAUUUUACAAAAUAAAGGACACAAAUCAGUAAAUUUAAAACUGUUUGCUGUUCUCAAAGACAAACUUUGUUCAUCAUAGUUGGUUUGUAUACUUUAAAAUUACUAUAAUCAUGGUAAUCAAAUCAAGGACCAUUUGUUCUUUACCCAGCACAAACAGGUUUGGUAUUUCAUGUGAAUGAACAAAAUUAUGUACUAGUCCAAAUGGUGAAGUCUUCCACCAUGUAACAUUUAAAUCAUUUGAUUGAGGGUUGCUGCUUCUGCUUGUGAUUUUUUAGUUUGGAAACUGGCAUGUUUUAAAUAGUAUUUUAUUAUAUAUAUCAUGAUAGGCACUUGUAUGUAAUUUGUAAAUCUUAUUUAAGGCAACUACUAUAUAUGUUGUUUUAAUAUUAAGUAAUAAAGUAUAGGGAUAUACUGUAACAUUUACCUAAAAAUUGACAUAGAAUGGAUCAAGUAAGGAAAUUUUGUUGAGGGGAGUGGCAGAUAUAGAGCAGAAACACAGAGGAUUGAGAAGGACAAAGUCUGUUUACAUUUCUGUAUAUGAUAGUCAACAGUAAAGCUAUAAUUAUAUGCAACAGUGCACUGCUAAUAGAAAAAAAAGGGGGGUAUAAACUAUUGCGCUGGCCAAGAACUUUCUCCACAGAUGCUUUUUAGAAGAUUGUAGAUUGGAGGUGUUAGGAAAGACAUAGGUGAUAGUUUUGCCACAUACUAGCUGUAGAAGUAGAAAAAUGAAACAGCAUAGAUGAGACUAUUGUAGCAUUAGCAAAAGGGACAAUAUCAGGGAGAAUAUACUGCUUUGUAAGUUAUGUGUGACACUAUCGUACCGUUUAUGGAAAUGAGGAACGUAACUUGAGUUCCUGUGAGCAUGAGCAUUGGAAGCAAAUAGAGAAGAGAAAGUAAUGGGUUUAUUAAUGAAGAAAUCUGCAGAUGGGUUUCAGUAACGUUUGUAGAAAGGGUUCUAGAUAUGUCACAUUUUGCAUAUCAGUAAAAUGUCUUGAGUUGCUCUGUUUUAUCAUAAAAACCAAAGUACAAAACAUGUUUAGCUGCAGCUGAAUGCUUUAUGUUUUGGAAGAAAAUACAUACAGUGGAACCUUGGUGUAUGAAUAUAAUUCAUUUCAAGAAAUGCAAUGUAACCCGAAUAUUAGUUCAUCAAAUCAAAUUUUCCUGUAAGAAAUAAUGUAAAUUGAAUUAAUCUGUUCCACACAUCCAAAAAUAUUAACUUAAAAAUACAACUUAAAAGGAAUACUGCUCAUAUUUUUUCAU